AUGAUGAGCAGAGGGAAGAAAUCGUAUGUUCUCUUAGGCAACAUGGAAAAAGAAACAAAAGCAGCCUUUUCAAAGUUAAUCAUUCAGACGAUCAAGAGAUGUCUUAUCGAGCCAAAACAACAAAAAGAAGCAAAGAGCAAAUAUAUCCAACAGCGUAAAGCGUUAGGUCGCAAAAGUAAUAUAUGUGAUGAAACGAUCCGGAAAAUUUGUACAAAGCUUGAAAUAUCCAACGAAUAA